CUCAUCACUCAGGAGGAAGUGGCUAGGUGCUUUUACAUGAAUCACUUGGAUCCUUAAGGGAAAAAAGAGGAGGUAAAGCAUUAUAAAUACCCCUUACAGAGGCAUAGUGUCAAUGACUGCAAGAUAGCCACCAUGUUAUUUUGGCUGCUGCUGCUGCCAUUGGGCGCUCAUUCCUCUCUGGCCGGGCCACUGCUCGCCAAGGAAAAAGACAACCGGCUGCUAGCUGAGAAGUACCUUCGGCGCUUUUAUGACCUUCCAGUUGGUCUCCAAGGUCAGAAGAGGACAGCAGGAGACUUUAACUCCAAGCUCAAGGAAAUGCAGAGGUUCUUCAACCUCGAGGUGACAGGCAGUCUGGAUGACAGCACCUUAGACGUGAUGACUCAGGCAAGAUGUGGCGUGCCGGACGUUGGUGAAUACAACCACUUCCCUCUGCACCUCAAAUGGAAAAAUAACAUUGUGACCUUUAGGAUUCUAAAUUACACUCCCGAUCUGAGGAAGUCCGAUGUGGACCGAGCCAUCCGCAAGGCGCUCAAUGUGUGGUCUGACGUGACGCCGCUGACCUUUAAGAAGCUGUACUACGGCAUUGCUGACAUUAUGAUCAGCUUUGGGAGGAAAGAACAUGGUGACCACAACCCUUUUGACGGACCUAACGGACUGCUGGCACAUGCUUACCCGCCGGGCCAAGGUAUCGGAGGAGACACUCACUUCGACGAGGACGAGCACUGGAGCAAAGAUUCAUCAGCUUACAACCUGUUCAUCGUAGCUGCACAUGAGUUGGGACACGCCCUCGGUAUGUCGCACUCCACUGACUCGGGUGCCCUCAUGUACCCCAUCUACUCGUACGCUACGGGGUACCCGCUCGCUGAGGAUGACGUUAAAGGCAUCCAAGCCCUCUAUGGCCCCAACCCAGACCACAAGAAAGUCAAGCCAAAGCCGGACGCCCCCCAAAAAUGUGACCCCACUUUGAGUUUUGAUGCUGCUACAGAGCUCCGAGGGGAAACCAUGAUCUUCAAAGACAAAUUCUACUGGCGCCUCCACCCUCAGAUGCACGAACCCGAGCUAACACUGAUCAAGUCCACUUGGCCGUCCAUCCCCAACAAGGUGGACGCAGCCUAUGAGAACCCAGAGAAGGACCAGGUCAUCAUUUUUAGUGGUAUCCGCAUGUGGGCCUUGAAUGGAUACAACCUUGUGGAUGGUUAUCCAAAAUACAUACACAAACUGGGACUUCCCAGGAGUGUGAGGAAAGUGGAUGCAGCUGUUUACAUCAAAGACACAGGGAAAACUCUCCUCUUUCAUGAGGAGGAGUACUGGAGUUAUGAUGAAGCAAAAGGAACCAUGGACAGUGGCUACCCCCGUUCCAUAGAGACGGAUUUUCCCGGAAUGGACGACGAGGUUGAUGCUGCAGUUUAUCACUAUGGAUUCUUGUAUUUCUUCCACGAGCACAAGCAGUAUGAGUACAGUUACACGUCAAGGAAGGUCAUCCGCAUCCUGAGAAGCAACUUUAUUCUUGGCUGCUGAGGUUGCAGACAUCGCUUGAAAUACAUACAUAGUAAAAUGGAAAUCUAUAAGAAUUAUGUAGAAGCAAAAUGAAAAUGUUUAUUUAGAACAGUGCUGGACACAGACACCGAGAGAAUUCUCAUCCUUGUGAGCAGCGAUACUAUUUAUAUUUACCUUCUGGUUUAUUGUUUGCUCUGUUUUACUACAAGUUUUCCUGGUUGACUCAGUAUUUGUAGAUAGAUGAUAAUUUUAUAGUUCAAAAAGGUAUGGACACUCUGUUGUUUGAAAAAUUUGUAGUUUGAAUGUUUUUUUGUUUUUUUAUGUAUUACAAAAAGAUGGGAAAGAAAAAGAAACAGGAUUGAUAGCUUUCAAGAAGCUCCAUUUCUAGUACUGGACUUGUCGUUUGAUUUUAGCGCUAUUUAUUGACUGAUGUUAAAUAAAAUUGUUCAAUGAA